GUGCCCUCGCGCGCUCGCUUUCCGGCGGUGCGUGGGGCCGGCGGCAUCCCCCCGUCGGCUUUCGGUGACUAUUCCCCUGCUUGCUGCGACCCCGUCUUCUGACCCCAGUAGCGGCUCCUUGCGUCGAGAGAGCAGGGCCAAGCGCUCCCCUGGACUAACCCGCGAGGUGACCUUAGUCGAGUCCUGUGUCGCGACGUGCCGCGGCGCCUAUCUGUGCGCGGGCCUGGCAGAGACCCUUUUGAGCGGUUGAGGACACAGACCUAGAGUGGCCCCACGGGCUGCCCGGUGGCGAGGGAAGCCUCUGGUCGCCACCGGCGGUCGCUGGGAGAGAUGCCCCUAAACGUGAAAUGGCCGUUCCCCGCGGUGCCGCCACUCACCUGGACCCUGGCCAGCAGUGUCGUCAUGGGCCUGGUGGGCACCUACAGCUGCUUCUGGACCAAGUACAUGAACCACCUCACUGUCCACAACAAGGAGGUGCUGUACGAGCUGAUCGAGAACCGAGGCCCUGCCACCCCUCUCAUCACCGUUUCCAAUCACCAGUCCUGCAUGGACGACCCUCAUCUCUGGGGGAUCCUGAAACUCCGCCACAUCUGGAACCUGAAGUUGAUGCGUUGGACCCCUGCGGCUGCAGAUAUCUGCUUCACCAAGGAGUUGCACUCCCACUUCUUCAGCUUGGGCAAGUGUGUGCCUGUGUGCCGAGGGGCAGAAGUUUCCCAAGCAGAGAUUGUGGGGAAGGGUGUUCUAAACAUGGGCAAGCACAUGCCAGGUGCUGGAGAGAUAAGACAGAAAGGAGAUGGCGUCUAUCAGAAGGGGAUGGACUUCAUUUUGGAGAAGCUCAACCAUGGGGACUGGGUGCACAUCUUCCCAGAAGGGAAAGUGAACAUGAGCUCUGAAUUCCUGCGCUUCAAGUGGGGAAUCGGGCGCCUGAUUGCUGAGUGUCAUCUUGACCCCAUCAUCCUGCCACUGUGGCAUGUUGGAAUGAAUGAUGUCCUUCCUAACAGUCCGCCCUACUUCCCCCGUUUUGGACAGAAGAUCACUGUGCUGAUCGGGAAGCCCUUCAGUGCCCUCCCUGUGCUUGAGCGGCUCCGGGCAGAGAACAAGUCAACGGUGGAGAUGCGCAAGGCCCUGACUGACUUUAUCCAGGAGGAAUUCCAGCACCUAAAGAUGCAGGCAGAGCAGCUCCACAACCAUCUUCAGCCCGGGAGAUAGGCCUGCCAGGCAGCCUCCUCUUAGCCCCAGUGCAGGCCUGUCCUGGGGAAGAGGUGUGGGCUCAGACCCAGGCCAGGUUGGCUCUCAGUGCUGCCUUUUGGAUUCUCGCCAGAGCUGGGCUAGGGGUGGACUGAUGCUUUUAGUUCAGAUACGGUUUUUAGAGGUUUGUUCAUAACCCUUACUGGGUGCCCGCUCCUAGCUCCUCUGUGGUUCUUCAGUUAAAGGAAUGGCCUCAGCUGCUCCUCCCACUUGGCCAGGAAGGGAGGAAGAAGCUUAGGCAGGGGCCUCCUUCCUUCUUGCCUUCAGAUGUCUCCCAGGGGCUGGCAUCAGGCAGGAGCAUGGCAGGCAGGUGAGCAAGUAAUGGGGUGGUGAAGUGGGUGGCCUGGCUGCAGCUGUGAGUGAACCAUAAGGCCCCUCAGUCAGGCACCCAUCCAGCCGUUGCCUUUGAGGAACCAGGAACUGCUCACUACCUCCUCAGGGAUGGCCACAGGCCACAUCUUCCUUCUGCCCCAGCUUUCCCCACCUGCAGGGCCUGUGUCAGGUGGGCUGCAGGCAAGAAAAACAACCUUUUGCCAAGAGCCAAGCCCAGCCAAAAGGAGCCUGCAGCAGGAGACUGAGAUCUGGCCCCUUGCUUCUAUGCUGGGGCCACUGACUCCUUCCCUCCCACCCCCAGCAUUACCCCCCCAUCCUGG